GCAAGCGGGAAAUAAUCUCAUAAACCUCACUCCUAAGUCUUCACUUAUAAACCCAGCAAUGGUCACUCAGUGUUGCGCAAAAUGGAUCAAAAUGAACAAAACCAUAGCGAAUCGCUUGACCUAGACGACCUUUUACCCCAAGUGGGCGAAUUCGGACGAUAUCAGAAACUACUUCUCUGGCUCAUCUGUCUCCCUGCAUGCCUCCCGUGCGGUUUUUGCGCCUUCAACCAACUGUUCAUGACCGAAACGCCCGAUCAUUGGUGCAAAACACCACAAACACUCAAUCUGACACAAGAAGAACGAAAAAAUCUCUUCAUCCCGAAAAACAACAACUCUUUCUCCAAAUGUCUGAGAUACACAAUUAACUGGACACAAAUCAUGGACAAUAUCACCUCGGGGGCCACCGAGGGGUGUUCUGACGGGUGGGAGUUUGACCAAGACGCCUCCUCCAGCAUUGUCACAGACUUUGAGUUAGUUUGUGACAAAAGUAUUUACCCCACCUUGGGCCUCGUGGCCCUAAACUUGGGGGGCCCUGUGGGCGUCUACUACUUCGGGAUGUUAAAUGACAGCAUCGGGCGCAAAAAAUCAUUCUUUGUCUGUCUCACAACCCUCCUCCUUGGGAGCGUUCUAACAGCAACUGCCCAAAAUUUCUGGUGGUGGGCCGCUAGCCGGGUCAUUGUAGGCCUAACAAUACCUGCGAUUUACCAAAUCCCGUUUAUUAUUUCUUUGGAACUUGUAGGUCCCAACUACCGCUCAUUUGUCACAGUCAUGAUCUGCUUGUUUUACACUUUGGGGUUGUUAAUUCUAUCGGGUGUCGCGUAUUUGAUUCGAGAUUGGGUUUAUUUUGCACUGUCGACCUCGCUCCCGUUCAUUCUCUAUUAUUUCUACUGGUUUUUUCUCCCCGAAAGUCCCAGGUGGUUGUUGGCCAAAGGGCGCUUCGAGGAAGCGUCCCGAAUUUUGGAAACUCUGGCCCGGGUCAACAACCACGAGCUGCCGCCCAGUUUUAAGCAACAAUUGAAGCAAAAAAUGCUAGGUACGAGGAGUUUGAGUGAGGAGGAAAGCUACAAAAAGACACCACAUUGUACAGAACUGUGCGCUACACCAAACAUGCGCUUAAAAACGGUCUUAAUCACACUGAAUUGGUUCGCAAAUGAGGUGGUUUACGUCGGCUUGAGUUACUACGGGCCUUCAUUGGGGAGUAACGAAUAUAUGAGCUUUUUUCUCUCUUCGGCGAUCGAAAUUCCCAGUUAUUUUAUCUGCUGGUUGGUGAUGGACCGCUGGGGGAGGAGAUGGCCCUUGUGCUUGUGCAUGAUUAUUAGUGGAAUUUGUUGCAUCACCACUUUUCUGCUACCUGAGGACUCAAUCGGGCUGAUUCUAGCACUCUUCCUGAUGGCCAAGUCUGCGAUUGCGGCCUCGUUCUUGAUUAUUUAUCCUUUUGCAGGUGAAUUGUUCCCAACCCAGUUGAGGGGCCUGGGAAUUGGGGUGUCUGCCUAUAUAGGCGGCAUGGGUCGGAUUAUAAUUCCGUUUAUCACGUUCCUGGGCUCAGAAAUGGUCGUUUUACCGCUGCUUAUCAUGGGGAUUAUUUCUGUGAUUGGUGGAUUGAUUGGGCUGCGUUUACCUGAAACUCUCCAUUAUCGCCUCCCUCAGACCUUGGAAGAAGGGGAAGAAUUUGGGAAAGAUUUCACGAUAAGAGACUGUCUCCGAUGUAUCCCCAUAAAACCAGAAACCUCCACUUCGGCGUCUGAAGAUCUGGAACUGGAACCCAUAGAUUCGGAGGCAAAGGAAGACACGCCUUUAAGCCGUUCAGUACGCCGAAAAAUAUCAAUUCACAGAUUAGCAAAACAAGCCAGUGUUAUGGACGCUCCAAAAGAUGCAGACGGAAGCAUGAAAAUUACAAAUUGGUUUUAAUUAUUUUGUAUUUUAUUUAUUAAUAAAUGUUUCUUUAUUAAAA